GAAAGAUGGGCUAUACUACUCUCUGGGCACGCCUCUCUCCUCGCCAAUUGAACAUCGCCAUCCACCUCUUCUCCCUCAUCUCCAUCUUCUUCGAGGGAUAUGACCAGGGAGUGAUGGGAGGCGUCAAUGCCUCGCCUUACUAUGUGACAACAGUAGGAAUCGGCACUGCAGAUGGCACCGUCACCAACGAAACACACCAAGGAGGCAUCGUCAGCAUCUACUAUCUCGGAUGCAUCUUUGGCUGCUUUGCUGGCGGAUAUCUCGCAGAUCGUAUUGGGCGGGUUAAUGGUCUAUUCAUCGGUUCUCUAUUUGCCCUCGUUGGAGGUGCGCUUCAAGCGGCGUCUCAGAGUUCGGAUUUUAUGCUUGUUGCUCGUGUUGUGUCGGGCAUUGGGACUGGAGCGUUGACUGGCAUCACGCCGGUUCUUGUAUCUGAAACUUCCUCCGCCGAUCACCGCGGUGGCUUCUUGGGAUACGUCUUCAUCGCGAAUUAUCUGGGCAUCUCCAUCGCCUACUGGCUCUCCUUCGGCCUGGCCUUUAUCAACAACGGCUACUCAGAUAUUCGCUGGCGAUUCCUCCUCGCCUUCCAAUGCAUCCCAGCCCUCCUCUUGGCUGUUUUUGUCAAAAUGCUCCCUGAUAGUCCGCGCUAUCUUGCAUCUGCCGGACGGUACGAUGAAGCAUAUGAUAUCCUCGCCCGGAUUCGAGGCCACAGGGUUAGCGAGGAUGAGAUCGAACAGGAGCACCAGGAAAUCAUCACUGCAGCAGGCAACUCUCAGCCUCCUUCGCCGAUGCAGUUUGUGAAAAUCCUUCUUGGGAGAGGGAAGCCGGAGAAUCUGGGUAGACGGGCGUGGCUUUGUCUGUUUUUGCAGAUCAUGUCGUCGUGGACGGGGAUUACGGCUAUUACUGCGUAUUCUCCUGUCCUUCUCAAUCAAGCAGGAUAUAGCCGGAUCACACAGAAUGGACUGGCCGGUGGACUCAACACCAUUGGAAUUGUUGGAACCAUCAUCAGCGCACAGAUUGUUGAUCGGUUUGGUCGUCGUUCCUGUCUGAUUGCCGGAUCUGCUAUCCUAUUCACCGUCCAAGUAAUUGCUGGAUCUAUAUACGAAGCCUCCCUCCAUAAUCCCUCCAAAGCAACCCAAUACGCACCCGCAGCAGUCGCAAUGCUCUUCCUCUUCAACCUGGGAUACGCCGCAACAUGGGGCACAGUCGCCUUCCUCAUCCCAACGGAAAUCUUCCCCUCCUCGCUCCGCGCCCAGGGCAACGGAUUCGGCAUCACCGGGUGGGCGAUCGGGGUGGGAAUGACCACAUUGAUCAACCCCAUCAUGCUGGGUAGCAUCACCAGCCGCAGUUAUUUCCUGCUAGCGGGGUUGAAUUUGUUGUGGAUUCCGGUUGUUUAUUUGUUCUAUCCAGAGACGAGUGGACGGUCGUUGGAGUCGAUUGAGACGUUGUUUGUGGCUGGGAGUGUGUUUUCGUGGAGGAUGGAGGAGGCGUAUAGGAGGGGUGGCGAUGAGGUUAAGGGUUGUUGAUUGUAUAGGAAUUAAUAGGACAGUAUGGAUUAUGAUUAAGUAUGGGUAGGGGUGCUUAUAUCUCUACUGGUCACAGCAUAUGUCAUUGGAUUCUAUACAACUUUGUUAGUAAUUGAUAAUCAUCAUCGGGUUGGUUUACAUUUGAUGAGGCUAU